AUGGCUUCCGAGUUCAUCGGUUACAACGUGCUCGUGACACUGCAAGUGCCACCAGGUGGGCAGCUUCAAGGCCAGGUCGCUGAUGUGAUUGGGCAGACCUUGCUGCUCCAAAAUGUCACCUUUCUGUGGAAUGGCCAACGCCAUGCUCAAUUUUCGAUUGAUGCCUCCGCGAUCACCGAUCUCUCUCUAGGAUCGACCAAGCCAGCUCCCCCGCAGCAACAGCAUACAGCGCCGAAACCUCCAGCAACUGUAACUGUUCCAUCUCGACCCCCUCCACAGCAGUCGUUCGUUGAUCCCGCCAUCUUGAGCUUCUCUAAGCCCCCUUCCCAGCCUGCUGUACAACACACACAGACUCACCUGGUGGGGCCGAGUGCUGCCCAAGCCCCAGUAUCCGUCGGCGCAUCCUUGACCGAGCCAUUCAGCAACCUAGAGCUGGAUGUGAGUGCUGUCCGAGGUGGAGUACAUGGAGCUCCGCAUGAGACGGAGCCCCAGGUUGCACAGAGCGUGACGACACCUACCAAGCAAACACCGAAGCGAAACCGGCACGGAACUGAUGAUGGAUUCAUUAAACAUGGCGCCGCAGCAAGCACCAACCCAAAGAGCAAGGGCUGGCGUCAAACUGCAUUUGUGGAGCCUGUGUCCUCAGUCACCCAAGGAUCGCCCGAACAUGCCAAGCAGCCUGGCGCAAAGCCUCGCAAGAAGAAGGCACGCCGUGCUUAUGCUGAAGACCCGAAUGGAUGGGCUACAGAGGAUGCAACGGACAUCCAGGAACUGGGAGAGUUCGAUUUUCAAAGCAAUUUAUCGAAGUUUGACAAGCGGCGUGUGUUCGAGGAGAUCCGCAACGACGACACCACGGCUGAUGAGGCUCGCCUGGUCAGUUUCAACCGUAGGGCGAAACCGGGCACCAAUGGUGGAAAGAACCUCCACUGGACCGAGAAUGUGCUUGAUAGCGCACAGAACAGCGACACUGGCGAUGAUGUCGAAGGUAUUAGCGAUGCCAGACACAGCAGUGAGAACAUCUCCGGCCGUGAACGAUCGCGAGCUUCAGGGCGCAUUCAAACUUCCCGCAUUAGCAGCACCAUCGUGGCUCAACCCAUGGUGCCACAGAUUAGUGCGCUUGGCCGGAGCCAGAUCAACACCUCCCGCGGUGCGAGCCCCCGACCAAGCCGAUCUUCUGCAUCGCCUAUGGUUGCGGUCAACCCAGCUGGUGCAUCUCUGCGACUGACAACGACAAACCGCAGCUGUCCCACUGUGAGCCCGCUGCAGACGCUCGAGGUUGAACAGAUCGCUGCGGCCGAAUUCGGCUUGUCUGAGGACGUUCUCACUGAAAAUGCAGGACGGGGUAUCGCUGAAGCAGCAGUUGCUCUACUUACCAGCGACGCAGCCGCUCCAACCAUGCUGAUUAUCACCGGUAACCACCGUACAGGUGCAAGGGCUAUUUCUGCUGCCCGCCACCUUCGAAACCGUGGCCACCGUGUCACUGUGUGCCUGCUAGGAUUGGAGCAUGAAGAGGAGUUACUGGAAAACUGCCGCAAGCAAUUGGAGAUUUUCCGAAAGAUUGGAGGGCGCGUACUCAAGUGGGAGGACCUCUCAGCCCGUCUCUCUACUGCUGACCUGGCCCCCGACUUGGUCAUUGAUGCCUUGUUUGGCAUGCAUAUUGCCUUUGACGACCUUCGGACUGAUGACCAAGGCGUUGCGUUUGAAAUGAUUUCAUGGGUGAACCGCAGCAAUGUCGAAAUUCUCUCUGUUGAUGUCCCGUCUGGGAUGUCGGCUUCCAGUGGCGAGGUGACGAUAGCUGAUGGCGGUCGACUAUGCGUUAACGGUUCAUCUGUGGUGUGCCUCGGCGCACCUAAGACCGGAAUUCUCAAUGCUCUACUUUCCGGCGAAGGACACUCCUGGAACGUAUCUGUAGCCGAUAUUGGCAUACCGCAGAUUGUGUGGCGCAAGUAUGGCACUCGUCGCCGGCACGGUAUCGACUUCGGGAAUCGAUGGGUGGUGCCGCUGCGGUUCCAGACACUGGUUGCAUAG